AGAGAAACACAUUUUUAGACCUUCUCUUCGCCCAUGGCAAAUCCUUUCCGGUGAAGAAGACGAAGUUAAAACUCCAAUAAAAAACUUGCUUUACACUAAGAAAGGAUUUUCAUAUUUCAUCAUGUCAAGUUUUGAUGGAGGGGAUGUUAAUAAUCUAAGAGGAACAGGGAUUUCGAGUAAUAUGAUUCUAAUUAAGAGAAGCAACUUGGGUAAUCAAACUGCUAUUAAACCGAGAUGAUUACGGUAUAAAAAAUGAUCAAUUAAUUUUGAGUUCAGAAGCUGGCAUUCUAUAUUUAGAAUUAUGUAGUGGGACAAGGGUUGUAAAAGAUGAUAGAGUAAUUUUGAGCCUUGAAGCGGGGGUGAUAUUUUUGCAUAUGCAUAGUACUUGCCUUAUACUGAAUUAAUUAGUGGAACAACUGUGUUUGGAAUUAAGUUUAAAAAUGGUGUCAUGUUAGUAUCGGAUGGUUUUGCGUUUAAAACUUUAGUAAACAAAGAAGCAGCAGUAAAGAAACUUCUUGAUACAAGAAGAUUGAAGAUUGAAGAAAUUGGAAAACCUAUCUAUAUGUUAGCGGCACCCAGUGGAGAUAAUGUGUGGUACCAGCCUCUCCUGGACUCGAUGAUUGAAGAGAUGGACGGGGAACGUUGGACUGCCAUGCAAUGUGGUGUGUUUGCUACAGAGUUUCUCAAUCAAGAGGGCUAUAAGCCACCUGGGAAUUAUAAUGUUGAGGGGAUGAAUCUGAGUCAACAUAGUUGCAGACUGGUAUUUGUGACUUGGGAGCCCAAAGACAAUGAAGAUCCCAAUGUUCUUCAUCCCGUCCUAGUUCGUGCAAGUAAGGAGAAAGCUUACUAUACCUCUCAAGUACCAUAGU